GCGCGGGAGCGCGGGGCGCAGACCGGGCGGGACUGGGGGACAGUGAUGAGCGAGCGCGCGGGGAGAUUGCACACUGCCGCCGCUACGCGGAGCAUCUUCCACCCAAACUGCUGCUCACGGUCCCGGCCCUGGCCAUGGAGACGCUGAAUGGCCCCGCAGGCGGUGGCGCCCCGGACGCGAAACCACAGCAGCCCAGACAACACUACCGCCACCACCUUCACCCCCUGGCGGAGCGGAGGCGGCUGCACCGCGCACCCUCGCCGGCCAGACCAUUCCUCAAGGACCUGCACGGCAGGCCAGCGGCGCCCAGCCCAGCCCCUGCCGCCACCUCCUCCGGCCGAUCCUCGGCGUCCGCGGCCCCGCGUUCGCCCAGCCUCGCGGGCAAGGCGCCGCCCUCGCCGGCGCCCUUGGCCGCGCCCGGCCGCCUCUCCAGGCGCAGCGGCGGUACCCCUGGAGCGAAGGACAAGCCGCCGCCGGGCUCCGGGGCCAAGGCAGCUGGCGGUGCCAAGGUCGCUCCGGGCCCCAAGAAGGCAGUGCGCGCAGGGCCCGCUGAGCCGCUGCCCCGGGCUGGGAAACCUCCGCCUCUGGUCGGGGCGGAGCCGCCGCCCAUCGCAGCCAACGGCCGCAAAGCCAAACGAGGCUCCGGGGCGACCCCAGCCCGCCCCGCCGGUCCCCCGACCCUCGCCGCCCCGGUCCCAGCGGUGAUCCUCGCCGUGACCUCCUCGGGCAGCCUUCCUGCCCCUGGCUCGCGCAUCAGUCACACGGACAGCAGCUCGGACCUCUCGGACUGCCCCUCGGAACCUCUGUCCGACGAGCAGCGUCUGCUCCCCGCUGCCAGCAGCGACGCCGAGUCCGGCACGGGCUCCAGCGACCGAGAACCCCUGCGAGGAGCCCCCGCGACGAGCCCUGUAGCUCGAGGGGCGCCGCCAGGCAGCCCAGAGCACCCCGCACUCCUCACCGCGCCUCCCGCCGCUGGAGCCUUCCUCGGAGGUCGGAGCAGCCCGGGCGGAGCGGAGGAUGCCGGGGGGCGCGCGCCCCCAGAACGAGCGACACCCGGGACCCCCAGGGAAGUCGGCCCGGGGGAGCAGACCCGGCAGGUCCCGGCGGGGGAGGAAGAGGAACUGCUGCGGGAGAUGGAAGAGCUGCGUUCGGAGAACGACUAUCUCAAGGAUGAGUUGGAUGAACUUCGUGCUGAAAUGGAAGAGAUGAGGGACAGUUAUUUAGAGGAAGAUGUUUACCAGCUGCAGGAGCUUCGGCGAGAACUGGACCGUGCUAAUAAAAACUGCCGAAUCCUGCAGUACCGCCUCAGGAAAGCCGAGCAGAAAAGCCUGAAAGUGGCUGAGACCGGUCAAGUGGACGGCGAGCUUAUCCGAAGUCUGGAACAAGACUUAAAGGUAGCCAAAGAUGUAUCUGUCAGAUUGCACCAUGAACUUGAAACUGUGGAGGAAAAGCGUGCCAAAGCCGAAGAUGAAAAUGAAACUCUACGACAGCAGAUGAUUGAAGUGGAAAUAUCCAAACAGGCCCUCCAAAAUGAGCUGGAGAGACUGAAAGAGAGUUCCCUGAAAAGAAGAGGCAGUCGGGAAACGUACAAAGAAAAGAAAACCUUUAACCAGCAGAGUGGUGGAAUGGAGCGCCUUGGGAACUGCAGGUCUGCAACCAAAACUCAAAGGAAACUGGCACCCCGGCGCAAGGAGGACAGUGCCGAUUUGAAGUGCCAGCUUCAGUUUGCCAAAGAGGAAGGUUCCCUGAUGCGUAAAAAGAUGGCCAAGCUGGGGAGGGAGAAGGAUGAGCUGGAGCAGGAGCUCCAGAAGUACAAGGCCCUGUAUGGUGACGUGGACAGCCCCCUGCCCACAGGGGAAGCAGGUGGGCCACCCAGCACCAGGGAGGCCGAGCUGAAGUUGCGGCUGAAGUUGGUGGAGGAAGAAGCCAACAUCUUGGGCCGGAAGAUCGUGGAGCUGGAGGUGGAGAACCGAGGCCUCAAAGCAGAGAUGGAGGACAUGCGGGGCCAGUAUGAGCGAGAGAGUUCAGGCCGGGACCACAUCCCAAGCAUUCCUACCUCACCCUUUGGGGAUUCCCUGGAGUCCUCAACAGAGCUCCGCCGACACCUACAAUUUGUGGAGGAGGAAGCGGAGCUGCUUCGAAGGUCCAUAUCUGAGAUUGAAGACCACAACCGGCAGCUGACUCAUGAGCUGAGCAAGUUCAAGUUUGAGCCUCUGCCGGAGCCCGGGUGGCUGGCGGACGGUGGGGGCAAAGGUGGUGUUCCCCUGCAGGAGGAGCUGAAGUCUGCCAGGCUGCAGAUCAGCGAGCUGAGUGGGAAGGUGCUGAAGCUGCAGUAUGAGAACCGGGUGCUGCUGUCCAAUGUCCAGCGCUAUGACCUGGCCGCCCACCUGGGCCUGCGUGCCCCAAGUCCCCGGGACAGCGAUGCCGACAGCGACACGGGCAAAAAGGAGAGCGAUGGGGAGGAAGGCCGCCAGCCCCAGCCCAAGCGGGAAGGCCCUAUUGGUGGUGAGAGUGACUCGGAAGAGGUAUUCGAGAAGACAUCGGGCUUCAGCAGUGGAAAGCCGUCAGAGGCCAGCGAGCCGUGUCCAGCGGAGGUCCUGAGGGCUAGGGAAGACUCUGAGUGCUUGGUGAGCAUAAAACAUGAGGCUGAGCGGCUGGAGCGGACCAUGGAGAGCCUCAUCACGGACACCGAUGCCUUUGUGGACAACGUGGCCUCACUGGGGCCUGGUGUCCAGGGGGAGGGAGGAAAGAAGGAGCCCCAGCUGCUGGGGGCCAUCAAUGCCAGGAUGAAGGCUUUCAGGAAAGAGCUCCAGGACUUCCUGGAGCAGGUGAAUCACAUCGGAGAUGGCCUGAGGGAGCGCCUGGAAGGCCUGUCCCCCUUGCCCCACCUCACGGAGUCUUCCAGCUUCCUCUCCACUGUGACCUCCGUGUCCCGGGACUCCCCCAUCGGGAACCUGGGGAAGGAGCUGGUCCCAGACUUGCAGUCCAAACUGAGAGAUCAGAUGGAGUGGCAGCUGGGUCAGGAGCGAGGGGACAAGCGGGAGCACCUGCACCUCCGAGCUGCACGGGACCUGCACCGCCGAGCCGACGGGGAUGCCAGGAGCUGCCAGCCCGGAGGCCAGAGCUGUUUCAAUCUAGAGCUCAGGGGCCCCCCUGUUUUAUCUGAACAGAGUGUAUCGAUAGAGGAGCUACAGGGUCAGCUUGCACAGGCGACCAGACUGCAUCAAGAGGAGACAGAGAAAUUUACAAACAGGAUCCGAAAGAUGGAGGAGGAGCACCUCUAUGCAUUGAGGUGGAAAGAGCUGGAAAUGAACAGCCUGACUUUGCAGAACACCCUCCAUGAGCGAACCUGGAGUGAUGAGAGGAACGUGAUGCAGCAGGAACUCCGGUCCUUGAAACAGAACAUUUUCCUUUUCUACGUCAAGCUCAGGUGGCUGCUGAAGCACUGGCGGCAAGGGAAACAGAUGGAGGAGGAAGGGGAGGAUUUCACUGAGAGCGAGCACCCAGGGCCCCACCCCAGGCUUGGUGAGCUUGGAGUUCAAGGGGACCCAAAGGGGGACAGCCCAGAGCACGAUGACAACGGUCCAGGGUGCAGCCCUUCGAUGGGGGAGCAUCGCCCACACUCCCCGGUGCAGGUCGGUGACCAUGGCUCUCGGCUGCAGCCUGCAGAUGGAGGACAGCUCCACAGGCAGGUGGUAGAAAACCAGCAGCUGUUCAGAGCACUGAAGACCUUGCUGGAGGACUUACGCUUAGAGCUGCGGGAGGACGAGCAUGCCCGGCUGCGGCUGCAGCAGCAAUAUGCCAGCGACAAGGCUGCCUGGGACAUGGAGUGGGCCAUGCUCAAGUGCCGCCUGGAACAGCUGGAAGAGAAGACCGAGAAAAACUUGGGAGAACCAGGCUCCCCCACUGACAACAAAGGGGCAUUCAAGAAGGAGAGGGAGACACACCAGAAACUCCUGGCUGACAGUCAUGGCCUGGUCAUGGACCUACGGUGGCAGAUCCAUCACAAUGAGAAGAACUGGAACCGGGAGAAGGUAGAACUUCUUGACCGCCUGGACAGAGAUCGGCAGGAGUGGGAGCAGCAAAAGAAGGAACUCUUGUGGAGAAUAGAACAGUUACAGAAAGAAAACAGUCCUCGGAGAGGUGGCAGUUUCCUCUGUGAUCAAAAAGAAGACAAUACUCACCCUUUUGCCCUCCCUGGAAGCCCCCGAGUGCUCCAUCCAGUGGGGAUGUGGCCCUCCGCGGACGCAGACUCCACCUCAUUUGCAGACCGACCGCUGUCCAAGCUGAAGGAAUCGGACAGGUGCUCAGCCCGGGAGAACCUCUACUUGGAUGCCCUGUCUCUGGAUGAUGAGCCAGAGGAGCCUCCGGCCCGUGAACCCCAGAGGGAGUUCAGGAACUGCCUCCCCGAGGAAGAAGAAAAUCACAAGGGAAAUCUUCAAAGGGCAGUGUCUGUGUCCUCCAUGUCUGAGUUCCAGCGCCUGAUGGACGUCUCUCCCUUCCUGCCGGAGAAAGACCUGCCUGCUGCCAGCAGCAAGGAGGAUGUCACUCCACCCCUGUCUCCUGAUGACCUGAAGUACAUUGAGGAGUACAACGGCAAGAGCUGGGAUGAGAAGCCCCCGGACCCCUGGGCAGACAGGACCGAGGGGGCGCGGGCAGGGAGCGAUGCCAGCACCGAGCCUUUCCCUGAUUCCUCCUGGUACCUCACCACGAGCAUCACCAUGACCACGGACACCAUGACCAGCCCAGAGCACUGCCAGAAGCAGCCCCUGCGGAGCCACGUUCGCACCGAGCCGUCAGGGGUGCGGGUGCUGCACAGCCCGCCUGCGAUCCGCAGGCUGGACAGUAUCAUGGUGGCGGGCGGUGAGGGCUCGGGUCGGCCGGAGCCUGAGGGCCCGUUUUCUGCAAACAGAGCCAGAGGGGGCACAGGAGACACAAAGGGAGGCCCCGCAGAACACAUGCUUAGCAGGUGGCCUUGUGGCCCCUCCAGGCACCCCCGAGACUAUGGGGAGGGAGGGCUACGCCCCCUCGAUAGUGCUCUAUGCACCCCCCUGGGUUUCACCUCCCCACUGCACAGCCUGGAGUUGUCCAAGAACAUGAGUGACGAUAUGAAGGAGGUGGCCUUCUCCGUCAGGAACGCCAUCUGCUCUAGUUCCCCUGAACCCCCGGUCAAGGACAUGGCCUGUCAGACCAAUGGGUCCCGGACGACUGGGACGCAGACUGUCCAGACUAUCAGCGUCGGCCUGCAGACCGAAGCCCUGCGUAGCAGUGCCAUCACCAGCAGCCCCCACAAGUGUCUCACACCAAAGGCGGGGGGUGGUGCCACGCCCGCAUCGUCUCCAUCCCGUGGCCUUAGGAGCAGGCAGGUGGCCCCCGCCAUUGAGAAGGUGCAGGCCAAGUUUGAACGCACAUGCUGCUCCCCUAAGUACGGGUCUCCCAAGCUGCAGAGGAAGCCCCUCUCCAAAGCUGACCAGCCAAAUAACAGGACCUCCCCAGGGCUGGCCCAGAAGGGGUGCAGCGAGUCGGCCUGGGCUCGUUCCACCACCACGCGCGAGAGCCCCGUGCACACCGCCAUCAAUGAUGGCCUCUCCAGCCUCUUCAAUAUCAUCGACCACAGCCCCGUGGUGCAGGACCCCUUCCAGAAGGGGAUGCGGGCUGGGAGUCGGUCUCGCUCGGCAGAACCCCGGCCAGAGCUGGGCCCAGGCCAGGACACUGGCCCCAGUUCCCGGGGACGGUCACCCAGCCCCAUUGGGGUUGGCUCGGAGACGUGUAGGGAGGAAGGGGGAGAGGACACGCCUGUGAGGCAGGACUUAUCUGCUCCCCCUGGCUACACGCUCACGGAGAAUGUAGCCCGGAUCCUCAACAAGAAGCUGUUGGAGCAUGCCUUAAAGGAGGAGAGGAGGCAGGCCCCCCAGGGCCUCCCAAGUCUCAGCAGUGACAGCCACAUGGGAGAAACAGCCAAAGCUGAAUCAGGGUCCAUUGAGGAACUACCUUGUUCCGCACUAGCUCCAUCCCUAGAACCCUGCUUCUCCAGGCCCGAGAGACCAGCAAACCGUCGCCCUCCAUCCCGUUGGGCCCCAUAUUCCCCCACUGUCUCACCAGCUCAGUCACACGGAGACCCGACCUCCUUGGAGGAGCUUGGUGAUGAAGAACUGCCCGGGGAGAAGCUACAGCUGUGACAUGAUGCAAGUUUGCAUGGAUUAUCACGGAAUAAUUCACUGUAAUUUGCAUAACCACACCAUCAUCAUCAACCAAACUCCACCCAUAAGGAGAGAUCUGGUUUUCCCAAGGUCAAAGAAUGUUUUUAAAAAAACACAGCUGCUGAAUGUUCAACCUGUGAACCUGAGAUGUUUCUAGAAUGAAACAGUAAAUGUGCCUGUAAUAACUUAAUUUUUUUCAUAGCUCAGAAAACUAUUUUUGUCUCCAUCUUUUUUACACACAAUAUAUUAAACAAAAAAGGUAAAUAAGAUAUAAAUUUAAAAAAUAAAAGUUUUAAAGACGUACAUUUUAAGAGAUUCUGAACACCGUCUCAAUACUGACUGCCUCUCUGUUAAAUUUGCACUGUUCCAUUUUAGUUUGGUUUACUUCCACGUUGAAUUAGAGUGUUUUCAGUUAAUUUUAUUUUGUCAGUGUUCUUGGUUUUUAACCAUUUUUGAAAUGUUCAGACUGUCUGAUUCAGUGAACUUUCUAUAGUGAAAAAGCCAUGAAGCCAGUAGACAAGACAGAUAUCUUAUGUACUGGAGGGGAUACAUGUCAGCAUUUUGAAAAAGGUACAGAGUCCUUAGCUGGGCUUACCAAAUUCUCUGUAUAAUCCACAUAUUCUACUCUACUUGCACGUCUUCGGGUUCGAAGCACUGGGGUGCAUGUACAUACUGCUAUUGUGGUCUUACCAUCGCCUAAGUGUGAGUCGUCUGUCCCACUGUGAUACAUUGUGAAAUCCCUCGUACUGUAUUUUUGUUGUCUUAUUGCAUUGAUGAUACAACAGCAAUGACAUUUUUAAGUUAUUGUUUGAAGAUUAACUGGCAAUAUGCAGUGUUUACUCAAAAUUUUCUGUUUAAGGAAAAAAUACUACAAAAAGUCAUGAGGAUACCAAAUUGAAACAAAGGAGGGUGCCUCGGAGUCUGUAUGAGACAAUGAUGAAGUAGAAAUAAAGCCUUUACAA